CUGGAAGAGAAGAGAAGAGAAGGAAAGCUCCUCACUCUUCCACUAUUCUCCUCUCUCUCUCUCUCCCUUUUCCUUUCUACUACUUGCCAUCCAACGUCAACCCCAUCUCUCUCCCUCCGUCUCUACUACGGCUCAGUGGAUGGAGGGUGUUGACAUGGGCUGUAUUUUGUUCUGGGAUGGGCCGUAAUAUCAUGAAUCUUCACAUUUUAUAACAUUUGUUAAUAACAUUUCAUAUUGUUGAAUGAUGGGAGGAAUUUGUUCAAGGAAGAGAGGCCAACCGGUCAUGGAAGAUAACGGACCUCAUGAAGUGUCGUCAAGAUAUUGUAAGAGUAGCAGUUCAAAAUGGCUGACAACUUCAUUUUGUAGACCUGCUGCAGAUGGUCAGACAGGAGGAGACAAUUGUCCAUCUUUAUUGGAGCUAUGCAUACAAAAAAUACGUCAGGACAUUGACACAUACAAUUCAUUUUCAAUGCUGCCAAGAGAUGUUAGUCAACAGAUAUUCAACGAUUUGGUAUAUUCCCAUUGUCUUACUGAUGUUUCUGUUGAGGCUUUCAGAGACUGUGAUCUUCAGGAUAUUUGUUUGGAUGAAUAUCCUGGUGUGAAGGAUAGUUGGAUGGAUGUCGUCUCUUCGCAAGGAUCAUCUUUACUUACUCUCGAUCUCUCGGGUUCUAAUGUGACAUAUACUGGAUUGGCUUCUCUCAAACAAUGUACAAACCUCCAAGAGUUGACUUUGAAUUGUUGUCACAACUUUUCAGAAUAUGGGCUUAAACACAUUGGUGGUAGUCUCGUAAAUUUGACCUCUUUGAGUUUUAAAAGGAGCACUGCAGUAACUGCUGAAGGCAUGCGUUCCUUCUCAAGUUUAGUUAACUUGGAAAAUCUGGAUUUGGAGAGAUGUCCUGACAUUCAUGGUGGAUUUAUUCAUCUUAAGGGGUUAAUGAAGCUCGGGUCUCUUAACAUCAGAUGUUGCAAAUGCAUAGUAGAUUCAGACCUAAAAGCUCUCUCAGGGCUUACCAAUUUGAAAGAGCUACAAAUCUCCAACACCAGCGUAACUGAUCUUGGAAUUUCUUACUUAAAAUGUUUGUGCAAGCUUAAUAUGUUAAACUUGGAGGGAUGCAAUGUAACUGCUGCUUGUCUGAAUUCCAUUUCAGCUCUUGUAGCCCUGGCAUACUUAAAUCUAAACAGAUGCAGUCUCUCUGAUGAUGGAUGUGAUAAGUUUUCUGGACUUAAAAGCUUAAAGGUAUUGAGCUUGGGAUUCAAUGGUAUCACAGAUGCUUGCUUGGAUCAUUUUGAAGGUUUAACAAGUUUGGAGAGUUUGAACCUGGAUUCCUGUGCAAUAACUGAUGCAGGGCUUGCUAAUUUGACUGGCCUUAAACUUUUGCGAGGUUUGGAGUUGUCUGAUACAGAGGUUGGGAGUAAUGGGCUUCGUUAUCUCUCAGGUUUGACUAAUCUGGAGAAUUUGAAUCUGUCAUUCACAUUAGUAACUGAUGGUGGUUUGAAAAAGUUGUCUAAAUUGACAUCUCUUAAAUCACUUAACUUGGAUGCACGCCAAAUUACUGACGAAGGACUUGAAAAUCUUACGAAUCUUACUGAAUUGACACACCUGGAUCUUUUUGGAGCUCAUAUCACAGAUUCUGGAAUGAAUUAUUUACGAUGCUUCAAGAAGCUGCAAUCCCUUGAAAUAUGUGGUGGAGGAAUAACCGAUGCAGGUGUUAAAAAUAUCCAAGAUCUUGUCUACCUGAGACGCCUUAAUUUGUCACAAAACUGUAACUUGACAAAUAAGACCUUGGAAUUGAUUUCAGGAUUAACCACAUUACUCUCGCUAAACAUGUCGAAUUCUUGUGUCACCAAUGCGGGGUUACAGUACUUAAAACCUCUGAAGAAUUUAAGAUCAUUAACCUUGGAGUCCUGCAAGGUAACUGCAUCUGAAAUCAAGAUUCUUCAGUGUGUUGCCCUCCCUAAUCUGAUUAACUUCCGUCCAGAAUAGAUUGGGAGCAUUUAUGGAAAUUCCUACGUAAAUAGUCUAGCUAUUGGACCUCCAAAGCUUUUUGUACAGGUUUAUGAAUUCUUCAAAAAGACACAAGGGGAUAUGGUAUGUGGGAAAGAAAACCAUUGCCAUAAAUGUACAGAUGGUCUAAAUGUCGACGCAAGUAUAUAAUGUUUGCUGUUUGUUUGAACCUCCUCUUUAAGAACCAAAUGUUUAUAUAAGCUACAAUGUGGUUUGAUUUGGUAAUAUAUGAAGGCCAAUAUUGAAUAGAUUUCAUGCA